UAAGGAUAGUCUGCGGUUUGUCGGAUGACUGAUCGUAUUUCCAUAUUACUGUUUUAAAAUGAAGCUGCUUAGCGUGACCUUUAUCCUGGCUCUUGGCUAUGUGCAAGGCCAGGUGGUGGAUACCUCCAUUAGCUCGGUGCAGCAGGCCAUUGUGAGCCAGCACAACAACCUCCGCCGUCAAAAACCGUCAACCGCUAUGUUCCAGAUAUCAUGGGAUGCGGAAACCGCGGACCGUGCACAGCAAUGGGUGAACAAAUGCAAUUAUGCGCAUCCUCAGUAUGGAACUUCUGAUUAUGACACAUACAUGAAGACAUCCAAAUAUUCUCUUGGUCAGAAUAUCGCCAAGAGCAGCAACGUCCUUAGCUGGAGCGAUAUUGUUAACCUGUGGUACAACGAGGUUAACAGUUUUACAUUGGGUCAGAGCACCAGCGCCAUGGUCGGUCAUUACACACAGAUUGUGUGGAACACAACGUUUCUUCUGGGAUGUGGAUACAAAAAUUGUGGAUCUUUCAAUUUUUAUGCAUGCGAUUAUGCUCCAGCUGGUAACGUUGUGCCUAACCAGUACAAUCCGUACGAAGCCGGCACACCCUGCGCUAAAUGCCCGACAGCCUGCACCAGCAACCUCUGCACCAAUCCGUGCCCAUACACGAACGAAUACAGCAACUGCGACAAACCAGACGGGGACUACGAUGCGCUCUUCCCCGACGGAUGCGACAAUGCACCGGACUACCUAGCCGACUACAAGCAGUACUGUCAAGCGACGUGCAACUGCAAGGGAACCCUGUUGUACUAAAUGGCUGACCGUAUAGGCUGCAUGCAUCCAAGGAUCAUGCUGGUCCACCUGACUUCGCCUUGAUUAUAGCCCGAUUUAGCACUACUGUUUUUCUUGACGACUGCGCUUUCAUUGUUUCCCACGAACAUUGUAACCAAAAAUGGCUCAAAAUCUAAAUUUUUCGCUUAAUGUUUGUUGAUUCUCAAGGGUCAUAAAUCCAUAGAGGUAUGCAAUGUUCGACGUGUCAGCUGACGUAAGUGGAAUAACUAAAUAAAGGGCACGAGUUCGAA